GGAAAUUGUUUUGUUGGGAGUAAGGAAGCGCACGUUUGAAAUUCGGGAGGAUAUUGAGUUUGUCAAAUCUGAACAGCAAGUGUCGGAAAAGAAUUUGUGAAAUCCAGAACUGGCUUUUGAAAAGGCGAUAUUCUGCUGUGCUGCGCCUCUUCUGCCUGUCACUUCUGGAGUGAGCUGCAUGUGUCGCUCCACCUGCGCGGCCUGCCAUGGAGGAACAGGCACGGAGCUGUCUCCUGACACUGCGGCCCCUGCUGGAGCAGGACAUCAAGGCCUCCUACCUCAUGGAUCACAUGGUCAGCGAUGGUGUGCUGACUGUGGAUGAAGAGGAGAAAAUCAGGAGCAGGCCCACCAGAAGGGAGCAAGCGACGGCCUUGCUGGAGCUGAUUCUGAGGAAGGACAACCGGGCCUACAUUUCCUUCUACAAUGCUCUGAUUCGGGAGAGCUACGGGGACCUGGCGUCCUCGCUGCAGGGUAGCCUGCCUCUCACGUCGCCCGAGGGGGAGAAGAGCUUUGCGGAUGGGGGGACGCCGUACGUCCACACCGUGCUCAGGGAAGGCGGGGUCCCCCAGCGGCCCGUGGUGUUUGUCAGCCGGCCGGCUCAGCUGGACCGGAUCCAGCAGAAGCUGUACAAGCUGCAGGAGACGGCGGGGGGCUGGGUCACCGUGCACGGCAUGGCCGGGUCCGGCAAGUCCGUUCUGGCGGCCGAGGCCGUGAGGCACGAGGCUCUCAUCAAAGACUGUUUCCCGGGAGGGGUGCACUGGCUGUCUGUGGGGCAGGUGGACAAGGCGGGGCUUCUGGUGAAGAUCCAGAGCCUGUGCUUCCGGCUGGAGCAGGUCCAGGACUGCGAGGAGAGCAGGAGGCCCCGCGGCUCGGUCGAGGAGGCCAAGGAGCGCCUGCGCUUCCUCAUGCUCCGCCGGUACCCCAGGUCGCUCCUGAUCCUGGAUGACGUGUGGGACAGUGCGGUGCUCCGGGCGUUCGACAUCCAGUGCCGGGUCCUGCUGACCACGCGGGACCGGAGCCUGCCGGAUUCCGUCAGCGGUCAGAAGUUUGAGGUGAUGGUGGAGAGCGGGCUGGAGGAGGACAAGGCUCUGGAGAUCCUGGCGCUCUUUGUGAACAGGAAGCAGAAGCUGCCUGAGCAGGCUCGCAGCAUCGUCAAGGAAUGCAAAGGGUCCCCCCUGGUGGUGUCCCUGAUCGGGGCCCUGCUGCGGGAGUUCCCGGACCGCUGGGACUACUACCUGCAGAAGCUCCAGCGCAAGCAGUUCAAGCGCAUCCGCAAGUCCUCCUCCUACGACUACGAGGCCCUGGACCAGGCCAUGGCCGCCAGCCUCCAGGUGCUGCCGCCCGAGCACCAGGAGCUCUACAGGGACCUCACUGUGCUGGAGAAGGACGUCAAGAUUCCCGCCAAAGUGCUGUCUGUCCUCUGGGACCUAGAGCCUGAGGAGGUGGAGGACGUCCUGCAGGAGUUUGUCAACAAAUCUCUCCUGUUCCGCGACUGCAACAGGAGGCCUUACCUGUACUACCUGCACGACCUGCAGGUGGACUUCCUGACCGAGCUGAACCGCUCCUGCAUACAGGAGCUCCACUCCAAGGUCGUGCGUCAGUAUCAGCAGCACUACAAGGAGGGCCCGCCCACCUCCAGGGACGAAGAGUGCCUCUACUGGAUGAGAUACUUGCCCUACCACAUGAGCCAUGCUAACCUCACACAGGAGCUGUGCUCCCUCAUGUUCUCCCUGGAUUGGGUCAGAAUCAAGGCGGAGGUCAUGGGAGCCGCCCACCUGAUCAACGACUACGUGGAGUACGGCCCCGUCCUGGACAGAGAGAACAGCGGCGUGCGCGGGGAGUUCCAGGAGUUCCUCUCUCUGAACGGACACCAGCUGGACCGGAGGCCCCUCCCGGACGUGGUGCAGCUGGGCCUGUCCCAGCCCGGCUCCUCGGAGGUGUACCGGCAGGCCCUGCUGCAGGCGCAGGCGCGGGCCACUAGGGGGGCGCUCUACCUGGACUGGACAAAUAAGAGCAGACUGGAGAAUUUGUCUCGCUUGGUGGUGCAGCCUCAGCAGGGACCCAUCUUCUACGCCUGCUUCUCCCAGGAUGGGCACAAGAUCGCCUCCUGUGGGUCCGGCAGCACCGUGCAGGUCUUUAAGACCACCUCAGGAGAGAAGAUUCUGGAAGUUGAGGCCCACGAUGACGAAGUUCUGUGCUGCGCCUUCUCUCCCGAUGACAAAUUCCUGGCCACCUGCUCCAGCGACAAGAAGGUUAAGAUUUGGAACGCGCAGCGGGGCACGCUGAUCCGGGUGUUUGAGGAGGAGUACGAGGAGCAGGUGAACCACUGCCAGUUCACCAACACCCGCCGGCGCAUCCUCCUGGCCACCUGCUCCAACGACCCCUUCGUGAACACCAAGCUGUGGAACGUGAACAAGCCGUCCUCUCAGAACACCAUGUUUGGACACACGGAGCCCGUCAAUCACUGCUGCUUCUCGCCCGAUGACACGUACCUGUCCACCUCCUCCAGCGACGGGACGCUGAGGCUGUGGGAGGUCUCCACUGCGAACGAGUGGAAGUCCAUCAACGUGCAGAGCUUCUUCCCAGAGCAGACGGAGGAAACGGGCGUGCCGGUGAAGUGCAGCGCCUGGUCAGCCGACGGGAAGCGCAUCAUCUGCGCUGCCAGGAACGUGGUCUUUGUGUUUGACGUGGAGACGGCGGAGUUCCUGUCGGAGAUUCGGACGAGUUCCCUGAGCACGGUGCAGUUCUGCGACACCUGCCCUAACAGCCAGCUGGUCGCUCUGGCGCUGUCCCACUACACCGUGGAGCUGUGGGAUUUCAUGUCCAACAAGAAGGUGGCUGAGUUCAGCGGGCACCUGAGCUGGGUCCGCUGCGUCCGAUUCUCCCCCGACGGAUCGCUCGUGCUUUCCUCCUCCGAUGACCAGACAGUGAGGCUAUGGGACACAAAGGGAGUCCACAUCUCCUCUGCUGCCUCUCUGAAGAGGGACUGCGAUGUGCUCUUCAAUCAGGAUGAUGUCAUAGUGGUUGCCGCUGACAACAGAAACCAUGUGCAGGUGCAGAAUGGUAGGACGGGGGAGGUGAUGUUCCGGUCCGAAAAGCAGGAAUCUCGGGUCCGCUGCAUGUGCCUCUGUCGGGAACCGCUCGCCGCUGUUCUGGGAUGUGAGGACGGAACUGUAAAGGCAGGGAGGAUGAGCGCUAGGCAGGUCCUGAGGAGCAUCAGCUGCUGGGCCCUGGAGAUUCUGAACCCAAACUGGGGGUUCAUCAUGGCACUAGGACUAGAGACAGGCAGGGUACAGGUGCUGGAGGUGCCCUCAGGGAAGCUCCUGUGCACCCUCUCUGGUCACACAAAGACAGUGCUUCACUGUCAGUUCAGUGCUGAUGGACACACACUUAUCACAUCCUCUGAGGAUGCAACCAUCAGGGUGUGGAAGUGGAGGACCGGGGAGUGCAUGGUGCUACAGGGCCACACCGAGCGAGUGAGGAAGUUCUUUCUUUUGGAAGAAGCGUCCCCCUCUCCCCUUCGGCUCCUGUCCUGGUCCUUCGAUGGCACGGCCAAGGUGUGGGACGUGGCGAGCGGGGAGAAGAUUCGGGACGUGGCCUGCCACCAGGGAGCUGUCCUGUCGUGUGACGUGUCCCCCGACCGACGGAUGUUCUCCACCGUGUCGGCAGACACGACCGCGAAGAUCUGGAGCUGCGAGUCCUGGUCCCUCCUCCACGAACUGAACGGACACCAGGACUGCGUCCGCAGCUGCCGCUUCUCCUGGGACGGCAAGCGUCUGGCGACCGGUGACGACAACGGCGAGAUCCGACUCUGGAGCGCCCUGGACGGUUCGCUGCUGCGCAUCUGUUCCCCUGGCAACAAGGACUCCCUGGACUCCCUGCACGGGGGCUGGGUGACCGACCUGCACUUUUCCCCAGACAGCCGAACGCUGGUGUCCACCGGCGGCUACAUCAAGUGGUGGGACCUGGAGACCGGGGAGGCCUUGCAGACGUUCUACACCACAGGAACCAAUCUGAAGGGGAUUCACGUGUCGCCUGACUUCAAGACCUUCGUCACCAUCGACACCAUCGGAAUCCUGUACGUCCUGAGAAAGGUGGAUUGAGGGGAGCCUCUGAUAUCCAAGUACUCUGCACACUGUGAAGAUCAUUCCGGAACACUUUGUAAUGUGGACGACAUCACGCGGCUUAAUGUUUUACAGUAAGGCCUGCGUUGGGCUCAGUGUUGAUUCAUGCAUGCAUGGGAGGGGAGUCUGUGUGCUUGAUGAAUAUAUGUUGGUAUUUUAUAUAUAUCUGCUGACCAUGUGCAAUCCAGUGGCCUUAUUAGCAGGUUAUUUGCUGAUUUGUGAAAAUUCGUUUUUUCGAGAGAAAUGAUUUUCACGUGGUACUAAAUGAGGUUUCACACAUGCGCUUGGGUGUUUUAUAUCAUGGGAAAACCAGGGUGGUUAUUUGAUUAGCAUUUUUCGCAUUUACUUUAUUAAUCUACAGUUUAACGGUCCCUUUUCUAUCUUGUUUAAUGAGUUGCUCCGUAACUCUUUAACCCACAGUGAGAAUCAGGUUUCAAUAAAAAAAGCCAUGCAAUGUAAUAAAAAAUAAACAUUGAGUAAUUUGAUUGCACUACAAAAAUGUUUUACAUAACUACUGCGUUUAUGUAACUUUUUAUACGAAACUACAAAACUUUAGUGUACUUUCUAAAAUAAGUAUGGAGACUCAUUUCAUAUUCAGCCCUAGGAGGAGGAACAUUGGUUUGUGAAAUGAACUGCACGAACACAGCUCCCGUCUGUGUCAUUAUUGAAACAUUUUUAAACAAUUUUUUAAAGAAAUUGCUCCAAAAUUCUAGUUUUGGAAAUUGAACAUACGUGUUUAUAUGUAAGGCCUUAAUCUCUGGGAGGAUUUGGAGGACACAUUGAUUGGUUCCCCCGUGUCAUACCAAAAGCGAUCAAUGUCAGAAGAUGUCAGCUGAGUUUGCAGCAAGGUGUAGUGUUUGUGUUAGGGAUUCGAUACCUUUAAGGUUAGGAGUAGGGGUAAUGAUGUCAGUGUGACUGGUGAUUAAAAUGGCUGAACAGCUGGACCUUGACUGGAUGUUCUAUGCAAGCGCAGACAAUCCUGCUUCGCACAGAGGACUUGGUUGACAUCUGACACCUCGAUGACUGACAGCGGGUCUGAACGGAUUCCUUGUAUGGCCUCAGUCCAGAGAGAUUCUGUGUCUAUGAAAAAAUGUGACCACUAAGCUUCUUCUUCUCAGGAAAAUGCCAAAUGGUGCACCCUAGAUUUUUGUGAAUUUUUUUUUUACUUUAAAUAAAGUACUUGUGAGAAAUUGUUUUUUAUCACUCAAUCUUUUCAUGGGUCUCAUGUUCUGUGAAAGAAUAAAUGGUAUACCAAAAAUUGGAAACUUAAAAGCUUAUUUGUUGUUAUAUUGAAUAACGAUAAAGUCUGGUCUUGUCCUGGUGUGGCUGUGAUGUAAUGCUGAAAUAAAUACGGAAAAACAGCU